CGUCCAAAGCCCAAAAGCGAGACCCACGCCUUCCGGAAGGGGCAAAACCGUCGGAACCCUAGAUCCCUCGCGCCUCCUCGCCCCCAGCUCCAAAACCCUAGAUCCCGCCAUGCACCACCCGAGGGCGCGGUACCCACCCGGCUACGACUACGGCGGCGCCGGCGCCGGAGGCGGCCGUGGAGGUAACGGCGGCGGCGGUGGAGGUAACGGCGGUGGGGGUGGCGGCGGAAACCAAAACUAUUAUGGUGGCCGAAACCCGCACCCGCAGCACCAUGAUUACCACCACCAGCAGCAGCAGCACGGGCAGAGGAAUUCGUUCCCGCAACAGCAGCAGUACCAGCAGAGGAAUUCGCUCUCGCAGCAGCAGCAACAACAGCAGCAGCAGCAGCAGCAGCAUCAGCAGUGGCUGCGGCGGGACCAGGCCGCGGCCCAGGCAUCAGGAGAGUCCGCGGCAAGGGCAGCGCCGCGGCUCGACGCCGUGGACACGAGCUCUCAAGAUUGGAAGGCACAGCUGAAUAUUCCAGCUCCAGAUACUCGUUUCAGGACAGAGGAUGUUACUGCAACAAAAGGCAACGAGUUUGAAGAUUAUUUUUUGAAGCGCGAACUACUGAUGGGAAUAUAUGAGAAGGGAUUUGAAAGGCCAUCUCCUAUUCAAGAAGAGAGCAUUCCAAUUGCUCUUACUGGAAGUGAUAUUCUUGCAAGAGCGAAAAACGGCACUGGCAAGACUGCUGCAUUUUGCAUUCCAGCACUUGAAAAAAUUGACCCAGAGAAAAAUGCCAUACAAGUUGUUAUAUUGGUACCAACAAGGGAACUAGCCCUGCAGACUUCACAAGUUUGCAAAGAGCUUGGGAAGUACCUGAAUAUUGAAGUUAUGGUGAGUACUGGAGGAACCAGCUUGAAGGACGACAUUAUGCGUUUGUACCAACCUGUUCAUUUACUUGCUGGGACACCUGGACGGAUACUGGACCUUACCAAGAAGGGGAUUUGUAUGCUGAACGAGUGUUCAAUGCUCAUUAUGGACGAGGCAGACAAGCUGUUGGCUCCUGAGUUUCAGCCUUCCGUGGAACAACUUAUUCGCUACCUUCCAGCUAGUCGGCAACUAUUGCUGUUUUCUGCAACCUUUCCUGUAACUGUCAAGGAUUUCAAGCAGAAAUAUCUGCCUAGGCCUUAUGUUAUUAAUCUGAUGGAUGAACUAACACUGAAAGGAAUUUCACAAUACUAUGCUUUUGUAGAAGAAAGGCAAAAAGUUCAUUGUCUGAACACACUUUUCUCAAAGCUUCAAAUAAACCAGUCUAUUAUAUUCUGCAACUCUGUUAAUAGAGUUGAGCUACUGGCUAAGAAAAUCACUGAGCUUGGCUAUUCGUGCUUCUACAUUCAUGCUAAAAUGUUGCAAGACCAUCGAAACCGAGUGUUUCAUGAUUUUCGCAAUGGUGCUUGCAGAAACCUCGUGUGCACAGAUCUCUUUACCAGAGGAAUUGACAUCCAAGCUGUUAAUGUUGUCAUUAAUUUUGACUUCCCCAAGACUGCUGAAACAUAUUUGCAUAGGGUUGGACGUUCUGGGAGAUUUGGGCACCUCGGCUUGGCAGUGAACUUAAUCACUUAUGAGGACCGCUUCAACAUGUAUAGGAUUGAGCAAGAACUUGGCACAGAAAUAAAAACAAUACCUCCACAGAUUGACCUGGCAGAAUAUUGCCAAUGAUCAGUUUAACAGUAUUAGAAGCGCAUCUUUUAUGAAAACAUCAUUAGGCAAGUAUACCAGAUGUACAUAGCACCUCAUCAAGUAAGAACCACGCUUCAAAUAUCGCUCUUUUAGAUUGCAGAUUGUGCUGUUCUGGAUAAGAAGGGAUGCCCCCUUUUCAUACACAGGGUUUAUUUUCGUGCCUUGGUGAUGCAUCCAAGCUUCUACUUCUAUCAGUGGAGAAGCGUUCUCUGCGGGCACGGGUGCUAAUCAUUUUAACUGUGGAGAUGCACAUUUGGCUGCUUGGAGAUUGCGAAGUGGGGUCAACCCAAACAUUAUUUCUUGCUGCAUGCAUCUGCUCAAGAUUGCCUAUACAUUUAUUUUCUUGUUCAAAUUCUGGUUGUGUUGGGAUUCUGUUGCUUGAGUUUGUAUCAUCAUAUUGCGGCUCUUUUCUUGCUUUCCUUUACUUCCCUUUUCUGUUUGUACUAGGAGUAUAUCUUUUUAACUUGCUUCCCUUUUAUCAGUUUCUUAUGUUCUUGGUGUAGACGAUAACCUGAGUAUUUUCCUUGUAUUCAGAAUAACCUGGUUUAUCUUGACAUUGUCA